AUGCCUCCAGCGACCAUCGACAGCCUUCCAUACGAGAUAAUCAGUUUGGUGCUCUCAUAUGUACCUGUUGUUGAGUACAACAACAUCAAGCUUGCUGGGAGCCGUCAUCUUGUUAGAGCUAUUCGCGGGUGGGCUUCUCGCAUUCCAUACCAGAAAUACGUUGAACUGCUUCAGCAGCAGGACACAGGAGGUUGUGGAUUGCCCAGUGGCACAGUUCGAACUGCACUUGCAAUCACCAUCGACCAAGGAGAUGAAUUCAUUGUUAGGCGGUACAUACACAGAUAUGGAGGUGCCAAAACCCGACCCGUGAACCGUGAGAACCGGACGUUCGUUUCUGCAUUUCAUAUUGCAGCAUUUCAUGGUUCCACGGCCAUUCUUCGGCUUUUAAUGGAUAGGAGAAACAUUAGAUGCCAAAGGACUGGGGCUACAGCUCUUCAUAUGGCUGCUAAAGGAGGGUCUCUUGAGGCUAUCAAGUUGCUGAUAGAGAAUGGUGCCGAUAUCAAUGCUAUUGACUUUGACGAAUACACUCCUCUUAGACUAGCGUGGCUAGCAGACGUCCAGGAAGACGUUAUGCAUUAUCUGGAAGAGCAAGGCGGCUGUAGGGAUGCCACGGAAGUACUAAAGAAGUACCCCUCUCGAAAGUUUGCAGAUCUGGUAUGGAGUUGUACGGACGAACCUGCACCGAUAGUAAACCUGGGCCCUGACAUCAUACCAUACAGAGAUCGGCGCCGAAAGGACGUCAUUCGCUCAUUUGGUAGAUAUCUCAUCGCAAAACGAAACGAAGGCUCAACACCAAGCCAACAAUACCAAAGCCACCUUAUGGCCACUGCUGUGGCGCGCCAGAUCGAUGAAGUGGUCGGGGCCUUGAUCGAUGAUGGAUUUCCUGUUGAUUCGUGGAUCAAUUUGACAGGUCAAAACUUGCUGCAUAAAGCUAUUCUACAUGACAAUGCAGCAUUGGCUGAGUUGCUUGCGAAAAACGGCGUAAACCCUAGCCAUGUAGCACUUGGGUUAAGCCCCUUUCAUCAUGCCGCAACGCUCGGCCACUUACGCUCGCUACAGGGAAUGAUAGACGCCGGAUUUUCUGCGAAUAUGACAGACCAUAAUGGCCGCACAGCCCUGCAUUGUGCAAGACAUGGCUGCGAAAAUUUUGUCAGUAUCUUGGUCGACAAGAAUGGUGCUGAUAUUGAGGCCAGGGACAACGCUGGUCAAACGCCUCUCCAUGCAUCUGUUCUCGAGGAGAACGAAACCAUUUUUCUUGAUCUGCUUGAUAGAGGGGCAGAUAUCAAUGCCCGGGAUAACAAUCAAAAUACCCCUCUUAUUCUCGCCUGCAAACAAAGGGCCUACAUAUACUUCCACGAGUUGCUUAGGCGCGGUGCAGAUAUCACUCUUUUCAAUGCUGACGGUCGGAAUGCAAUGGAAGUAUCGUCUACGUUGUCUGUGCUGAAGGAUAUCAUGGAACUUGCCGUUGAUCCCCAACUCAGAGUAAAGGCAACAACAGUUCGAUAUAUCCGUCAAACCAAAGUCGAUGAUGCUGAUGAUGAGAUUCCCCAACAUAUCAAUGAUUGCGAAUGA